UAUAGAUCAUAAUCUAUAUAUUCCUCGUUCAAAUCUUUUUUUUUCUGAUAUUUGUGAGUGAAUUAAUUUUUUGUAUUUAGAUGUUUCCAACCUUAUUACAGAAAUUUGUUCAUAAACUGUGAUCGUGAAUCGUGAUUAUAUAUAUAUAUAUAUAUGUGUGUGUGUGAGGUGAUUAUGUGAAUUGUGAUUGUAUAUAUGUAUAUAUUUUUUGUGAGGAGAUUAAGUUCAUCAUCGAAGAUCCUGUUCUUUUUUAUUAUUGAUCUCAAUCGAUUUAGCUGAAUUAAUUAAUCGGCUCGCACUUGGAGGGAGGCAGCGAUAUAAAUUAGAAAUAGACGGAUUUGCGAUAAGCGAACAGAAUCGAUCGAACUUUCGAACGGAGUAACACGGCAUUUGUUUGAGAAAGAAGAAAAAGAAGAAUUAAAAAUAGUUGGUUGUUAAUAGGAAGCUGUUUUUGGAGCAACGAUACGAAAAGAAAGAGAAGAAAAAAAGAAGACAGAUUACUUUGUAUCUUCCUCAAGAAGAUACGUAUAAGAAAAACGAGAACCAAGCGAGUAAGAUCAGAUUCGGAGACCAAUAAGAACAUUAAGAAGGAAGUUCCUUGAGGAAAGGGAGCGAAGUUUCUCGAAGACUUGACCGCCAUUAGCUUCGACUGACUCUCGUGUUCUACACUCUCAAUCUUCUUCUUUCUCAAGAAGAAGCAACUUCGUAGGUGCUGUGGAAAGAGCAGAGAUCUCUCUUAACACACACUCGUUCGUUCGUUCGUUCGUUCGUUCGUUCGUUCGUUCGUUCGUUUUCAUACAUAUAUCGUCAUCACUUCUCUUCUUUUUUUUUGGUUCAUGAAACGUACAAUUUUUUUCAAUAAAAAAUUCAUACUAAUUUCGUCGUGAUCUAAGAGACAUUUCGGUAUUACAGUCGUACAAGACGUCGUUGAAAAGAAGCGGGAAAUUUUUCGAAGGUGGGGUAUGGUGAAAGAAAGAAAAAAAGAUAGAUUGAUAAAGAAAGUCAAGUCAAGAUUAUUAUUUUUACGAGUUAGAAUCAAUUUCGAGAUUUCGAAAAAAUACAGUGGGAUUUGUUCUAUCAGUAGUCGGAUAAACGAUUUUAAAGAUUGUGAGCACGUGGUUGACUUAGAGAGACAGAGAGAGAGAGAGAGAGAGAGAGAAAGAAAUAGAGACACAGACAAAGAUAGUGAUAGAGACAGAAAGAGCCUUCAUGCGAGACAAGCUGUAGAAAGAUAUACGUCUCUCUACACGUCUGCUAAAGUAGUUGAUGCAAGAGAGAUAGACGGAUAGAGAGAUAGAGAGAUAGAGAUUGGCGUUGGCUAUAACUCGAGAAAGAUAAAAAGAGAACGAAAGGGUUCGGCCCCUCUUUGGAAAACUGGUUGAGAGAAGAACAUGGCAAGAGGAAUUCUGCAAAGAAUUGAACUCAACGUAACCGACGAAAUCGAUGAAGAAAGAAAACUGAGAAGAUUGAAAUGGAGAAAUCUUGUUGCAUUUUGGAUACUUGGAAUGUGUAAUAAUUAUGGUUAUAUCGUGAUGUUGAGCGCGGCACACGAUAUCCUUGAAAGUAGAUUUGGUACUUCGAAUACAACAAUUGCAUCUAAUGGGACAAAUACUAAUAACGAAAGAUCAUGUAAUGGCAUGUCGACCGGAGCUAUACUUUUAGCUGAUAUAUUACCCUGUUUGGUAAUUAAAAUAAUUGCACCGUUCCUGCCGUUUUUUGUGCAUGUUCGACUGGCUACCUGUGUGUUAUUUUCCGCUGCAGGAUUCCUCAUAGUGUCAAUGAGCAUUACAGAAUGGCUUGCAAUUUUGGGCGUCGUUGUAACAUCUGUUUCCUCAGGAUUGGGUGAAGUUACGUUGCUGAGUUAUAGUCAUCAGUAUCCAAAACAAGUUAUCUCAACGUGGUCGUCGGGAACUGGAGGUGCCGGUAUCAUUGGUGCCCUAUCUUAUGCGAGUUUAUCGAUAUGGCUGAAAACAUCAGAAACUUUGCUACUGAUGUUGAUUGUACCAUUAAUAGAAGCUAUAACAUUUUGGUUCAUCUUGGUUCAUCCAUCUCAAAUGAAUAUUCCUGUUACCAAGAAUGAUAUAAACAGUCAGGAACAUAUCAUCGAUGUACCAAGAAAAAGUUUCAAGGAUAAAAUCCUUUUACUUCCUGGUUUACUCAAAUACAUGAUUCCCCUGGGAUUCGUUUAUUUCUUCGAGUAUUUCAUUAAUCACGGUCUGUUCGAGUUAAUUCAAUUCGAUAAUAUAUGGCUGAAACACCAGGAGCAAUACAGGUGGCUUCAAGUAGACUAUCAGAUAGGCGUAUUUAUUUCGAGGUCAUCGGUGAAUCUAGUUACUAUUAAUAAGAUCUGGAUCAUGGCUGUUCUACAGUUUUUCAACGUCAUUGUUUUACUUUUCGAGACGAUCUAUUAUUAUAUACCAAAUAUUUGGAUCAUCUUUACUAUUGUUCUAUGGGAAGGUCUUCUAGGUGGUGGUGCUUAUGUCAAUACUUUCUAUAGAAUGUCGACUGAGAUUCCACGAGCAGAUAGAAAAAUUUCUUUGGGAAUUGCCACAAUGGCAGAUUCGAUUGGUAUUGCAUUAGCAGGUUGGUUGGCAAUGCCAGUGCACAAUGCAAUUUGUAAUCUACCAAAACCCAUACGAUUAGGUAGCUAGAAUGGAAUGUCCAAUUGUUUUCGAUAAAUUCUACGGAAAAAGAAAUUUAAAAAUCGUGCUGCCAAGGCACGAAAGAGAGAGAGAGAGAGAGAGGAGGGAGAGAGAGAGAGAAAGAGAGAGAUAAAGAACGAUCUUAAUAUCUAUAUAUAUGUAUGAUGAUAUGCGUAUGUAUUUAAUUUAUUCUUUAAAAUCUUCCAAAAGAUUGAGAAUUUUAUUUAUCGAUUCAAUCGAUAAAAAAUAUGAAGUAAGCUCGUAAAUGGUUAGACUAUAUUUAAUCUUAUUAAUUUAAGUGAUACACCGAAUGAUGAACAUGAUAGAUCCUUGUGAUUUUUUGUGAUCCACCAAGUGGAUAAAUCUUUUGUUAAUUUCGUCUUGUGUCUAUUUUAUUUAAAAAAUUUUCUUUCUGUUUAUCUCUCGUGUAUACACACACACACAUAUAUAUAUAUAUAUAUAUAGGAAUGCGGAGAGAAUACGCGUAGACAUUUCAGUGACGUCUGCGUUUAUUUUUCUUUUUUGGAGUUUUUGAUACUCGUCUCGUACAAAUAUGUAUUUAUAGAAGAUUAGGAACAAGGAUAACGCGCGUCUGACUUAUUAUGAAGAUAAAGAGACACACAUACACCCACAUGCGUACACAUGUUCUCGCACAUACAAAAUACUAUAAUUCAAAAAAAGGAACAUGAGAUUAAUUUGUUCGAUUUUUCAAAAGUCCAUAUAGUUUUUCGAAUAUUAGAUUCAUCGUUGAAAAUUUUCCGAUGAAUUCCGUUAUCAUUUUCUUUCUUUUUUAUAUAGCAUUAGAUUUUCCUGAUGAAUUAGAACCGAAUUUUCUUUAUUCAAUUUUCAAACACUCGGCUAUGAUGAGACGAUACGACGUACAAGCAUUUAUAGCACUUAGCUUUUACAACGUCGAUUACAUUAUUUAAUCUAUUUCAUUAAUUAAUGAUUAAUUCCAGUAUUAAUAGCCAGUCGUAUAGACGGUAGAUUAUUUCAGAUGUGUAUAUAUAUAUAUAUAUAUAUA